GCUCUGAGGCUCGAGAUGAGGCAAAGAGCAGACAGGAGUGACAUAUUCAACAGAUUGGUAAACAGUAGCGAGCAGCACAUCAUUAUGGAGACGGACCAAGAGUCUGGCAAGGCAGCUGCAAGCUGUCCAGCAGCGAGCCAAAAUCCUCUCAAGACUGGCUGGCAGUCCUCCAGCAAGAGAGGAACCUCUGUGACCAACCCGCCAUGUGAUGUGACUUGUCGUUUCCAAGGGGACGGGGUUCGCUACAAGGCCAAGUUGAUUGGCAUGGACUUCGUCCCAGUGGCCCAGGGAGAAAAGACAUGCUUGGACUCCAUGAUGAAACUCAAGGGUCAGGAGGUGGCGGCCAGGAACCAGGGACGGCAUAAGCAAAGGGUGUGGCUAAAGGUGACUGCUGCCGCGGUGACAAUUUUGGACGAGAGGACCGGGCUGGUGAUACAUUCCCAUGAACCUGGGAACAUACACUCCCUGACAAAGGACGAGUACGACCCUAGAGCCCUAUCCUACAUCUAUAAUGAUGAAGGCACCCACGUUCUGUUCUACAUCAAGAUGGCCAAUUUGGCAGACCCUGUUCUUGACGACAUCAAAGAAGUCUGCCAAAGCUCAAUAACACAAGGAGACCAAGUCACUGAGGUCAAUAAUUCAUUAGCAAAUUCUUCUGCCUUACUGCUAUUUGAUGAGAAGCUUGCUUCUCCUAAGGCCCUUGAUGAUAUGGACCAGUUCAGUCCAAUUCCUGCCUCUCCAUCAGACCAACAACAGCAGAUCUCAUCCAAGGAUGAGCUGAGGGACAUAUUCUCCGUCAGCAGUCAAAAUCCUUGCAUGAAUCAACAAGGACCUCCACUGUUUCCGACAAAGACCUCCACUGUUUCCCACAAGGACCUCCACUGUUUCCCUCAAGGACUUCCACUGUUUCCAUCAGCUCCUCAGAAAUUCCCCACCCUACCUGGUCUGCCAGUCGCUGUGACACCAUUCACCUCACUCGUCUCCGUACCGUGGGUCCAGCAGGGGCCCCGGCCAACCCUCUUGCCCAGUUCCAAUGGCCCCUGGGGGGGCCCAGCCGUCUGGCUUUCCCAGCCUGGUAUGACGGGAUGGACCAGUGGAGCGGGUGGCAUGAUGCCGAAUGGAGUCCCUCCAAUGGGAGUAAUCUCCCAACCUGGGAGGUUGUGGGGACAGAACACACUGAGCUCUCCCAUCUCUUCUGCCCCCACCUACACAUCCUAUGCUACAGAGCGACACCAGCAGCCAGUCUCUCCAACCAGCUACAUGUCCUAUGGGACAGAGGGACACCAGCAGCCAGUCUCUCCAACCAGCUACAUGUCCUAUGGGACAGAGGGACACCAGCAGCCAGUCUCUCCAACCAGCUACAUGUCCUAUGGGACAGAGGGACACCAGCAGCCAGUCUCUCCAACCAGCUACAUGUCCGAUGGGACAGAGGGACACCAGCAGCCAGUCUCUCCAACUAGCUACAGCAAGCCAGCCGAAAGAUAAACAAGGCUGUGUCAAUUAAGUGUUGUUUGUUGUCUUCAUGUCUGUAUGCUUGACAUUGUUUUCCAUUACCAGUGCAUUUGCCUAAUAACGUGUAGGUGAAAAUCUUUUAAUGAAGUACAGUUUCACAUUAUGAUUAAUUAUAUUGCUGUUAAUUUGUGAAUUUCAGCGUAAAGCUGUUUUAGUAGUCUUUACUAUUGGUUGAGACUGAACCAUUUGUCUGAAUAAGUAAGUUAAGUUAGUAUUUCCAAUCAACGGAUGUAGUCAGUGAGACAUCUUACAGUGUCUGGUUUGUUUUCAAAGUAAAAGAAUGAAAAAUCUGAAAAACACAACUUGAAAUAUAUUUUGUCUAUUUAAGCAAGAUUAACUGGUUGUUUUUUUUUGAGUUCCAAAAGGGAUUUCCAUGCAUGCUACAAAUCUUACAAAUAAGGUUGAGUCUUAAAUAAUGCUUGUGUAAUUAAAAAUCCUGUAAAAAAGUGUAAUAAACAUACACAUUUCUCAUCAUAAUUUUGGAUCAAAUGGGUGUUGUUGAUGAUCACAUUUUCAAAUGUUUUGCAAAAAAAAACCUGUAAUUGCAUAAUCUAUCACAUAAUCUGUGGCUGAGUGGCUAAGAUUGUGGACCAAAACCAAACUAAAGUGGUUAUUAUUCAUAUUUAUGUGGAUAAAGGUUUGUUGCAGAAAUGAUUGGUGGCAGUGAGUGUACGUUUUGAAGGGUGAGGGUGUGUAAUUAAAAUGAUUAAAUUCCCGCGUAUGUCGAUUGGUUAUCAUUGAUACACAACUCUUCUAGUAGACUUUC